UUCCCCCCUUUUAUUUCUUUUGCAGAGUUUGUUGUUCCGGGUGUUCUUGGGAAAUUUUCUGGUUGUUGGGAUUGGAGAAUAAGUCUUUUUGGACGAAUCUGUUAUUCCAAGAUUUUCUUCUUGGCUUUGGGGGAUCUUGGCGUUCACGAUUUAGAGUCUCGGCGUUCUUUCUUGAAGGGAUCAGGGUAUCCAGGAACCUCAAAUUGAUCUUAUUUUCUUCUGCAAUCUUGAAAGAAAGAGGGGAACACUUCGAUUUUUCUCUUGUCGAUCCUGUUCGUUUCUAUUUUGGUGGUGGCGUUUUGGUUGUGGAUGGAGGAAAAGGCAAGUGGGAGAUUUUCGCCGGAGAAGCAAUCAUCCCUUGUUCUGGAACAUAUUGCAGAAGCAUCUACAAAGCCUGAAACGUGGGAGAGGAUUGGUCCAACGUUCAGGCUGAUGUUUUUAGUGAACGAAGGGGACCUGCAAGGAAUCCAGGAACUUCUUGAUACUGGUAUAGAUGUGAACUCCACAGAUAUUGAUGACAGAACUGCUCUUCAUGUUGCUGCAUGUCAAGGUAGAGUAGAAAUUGUUGAAUUGCUGCUUGAGCAUGGUGCCAGGCUUGACAUGCAGGAUCGCUGGGGCAGCACGCCUCUUGCAGAUGCACACCAUUACAAACACUAUGAUGUUUGCAAGAUUAUGGAGAAAUAUGGUGCAAAACCAUUGUACACUUGUUGCCACUUGAAGAUGGCUCCGAUGCUUGUCCAUGAUAUUGCAGAAGUUCCUGAAUAUGAAAUUGAUCCACAAGAGCUUGACUUCACUGGCAGUGAGAAAAUCACAAAGGGAACAUUCCGUCUUGCUUUGUGGAGAGGAAUUAAUGUUGCCGUGAAGACACUUGAUGAGGAUUUUAUGGCUGACAAGGAAAAAGUGAUGGCAUUCCAUGACGAACUGUCAUUGCUGCAGAAAUUACGUCACCCCAAUGUGGUCCAGUUUUUAGGUGCUGUGACUCAAACCAGCCCAAUGAUGAUUGUUACAGAAUAUUUGCCAAAGGGUGACCUUUGGGCAUUAUUGAGGAGGCAAGGGGCUUUAAAACCAUCAGUGGCAGUAAAAUAUGCUCUUGAUAUUGCAAGGGGCAUGAAUUAUUUGCAUGAGCGUAAGCCAGAGGCAAUUAUUCAUCGUGACCUCGAGCCUUCAAAUAUUCUGCGAGAUGACUCUGGGCAUCUGAAGGUUGCAGAUUUUGGAUUGAGCAAGAUACUUAAAGUGACAAACUCUGUAAAACCAGAGGAGACUCUAACUUGUCAAGAGACAUCAUGUAGAUAUGUAGCUCCAGAGGUUCUUCGAAAUGAAGAAUAUGAUAGCAAGGUGGAUGUUUUCUCAUUUGCUCUGAUUCUGCAAGAGAUGAUUGAAGGAUUCGCACCAUUUUCUGCGAAAAGAGAAGAUGAGAUUGCAAAAGCUUAUGCUUGUAAGGAAAGGCCCCCCUUUAGAGCUCCAGCAAAGCUUUAUGCCCAUGGUUUAAAAGAGUUAAUAGAGAAAUGCUGGGCUGAGAGUCCUGCUGAACGACCAACAUUUCGGCACAUUGUAGCCAGCUUGGAUGAAAUCAAUGAGCGUUUGGUUUCCAGUACAUGGAAGGCAAAGGCGUUCAGAUGCUUCCGAAAUCUCAAAGUUGUUUGGACGAUUUGGCACAGGAAAGAUCAAAUUGGACCCAGCAGUCGCUCCUCUUACUUUGACCAUUCAAUAGCAUGACCAUUUUCUACGCUCUGGUGCAGAACCAUUUUCUUAUUUCUGUAUUUUGAGGUGGAAUAACUGCCGCUCCCGUCAGAUCCAGGAAGAGAUGUGAGCAUUUGGAAAGUGAGAAAGCACAGCUUCUUCCCACACGUGAAGCAAGAAAGUUUAUGUAGCAAAGAGUGCUAUGCAUCGUUUACAGAUGUCUCGGUAUGUUCGCUCCAUGAUAAAUUAUGUUUGUUACUGUUUCGGGUGAGCAAGGGGUAUUAAUCCCACUAUGUUUGUUACUGUUUGAAACAAAGUCGGGUGCUGUCAUUUUCGUGACACAGUAUUCCAA